GAGAGAGGCAGGGGCCGAGGCUCCCGACCGCUGGGGGGGGGCCGACGAGCUGACAGGGUCCGAGCCGCUGCCCCCCGAAGUGCUCCGAAGCGCCCAACCGCCGCCGGCGGCCGCUGGGAAGCCAUGGCCCGCGGGCACUGGUCCUUGCAGCGCUGCCAUGCAGCACGGCUGUUGUUGCUCGGACGCCCUGGACGGCCCCGCCGCCGCCCGGCCCAGCACGGCGCCGCUGGCGCGCGUGCCCCAGGACUCGAGGGAAGCCGAGCGCUCCAGUCAGCGUUCUGUGCGUGAAGCUUUUCAUUUAUCCAGGCAGGGCGGCGAGACGCUUGUGCCCAUGUCGCUUUCCGCCCUCCGUGCCUGGCUUGGUGGUCACCUCUUGGUGGCAUUCAGGCAGCAGGACUCCGUAGUGCUCCUGGAGCUGGGCGACAGCGAGCACGACCUCUGCGCCGAGUGGCUGAACGGGGGUAGGCUGGCGUUGAUGCUCGGCGCAAGGCAGCCCCUGCUGCAGUUCGCGAUGUUCUACCAGGCCAACGGCGAUCGGCGUGCAGCGGACACAACAAUUUUCCCCUUCACCUCUCAGCGCGUCGAACUGGGAGCCGUGGCCAGCCUACCAGACGUGUGCGUCGGCGACUUGGCGAACUGGGCUGCCAACUACGAUCCGACGAAUUCCAACCCGAAGCGGUUUGCGGGCGAUCUGCAGCGCUUCCUCCUUGGCGGCGCGAAGACAUCCAGCCUCGAGGACGGCUUCUUGGAGGAGGCGGUGGCAAGACCCGCGUUCAUAGCGGACAGGUGCGAUGUGCCCGAGGACACCGUCCCGACAAGCUGGCUGUGGGCCGAAAGGAGCCUCGUGCUGAGCAUGGUGGCGGAGAGCGGACUCGCGCUGCGCCACGCCCCAGAGGAGUUACGUGCUGACCGAGAGGUCGUGCAGGCAGCGGUACAAGGGGACCACGACGCUUUCGCCUUCGCUGCGCCGGUUCUCCAGGCGGACCGAGAAUUCGUCCUCAAUGUGGUCUCUUCGCGUGGCCUGUCGCUGGCCUUCGCGUCGCCUCACCUGAGGUCCGACGGAGAGAUUGUUCUCGCCGCCGUGCAGUCGUGCGGCCUGGCCCUCGCGUACGCCGCCGAGCAACUGCGGGACCAGCGGGACAUUGUCCUGCAUGCUGUUCGGGAAGAUGGCGCUGCGCUGGCAUACGCCUCGCCCGUGCUGCGUGCAGACCUCGAGGUGGUGACUGCCGCUGUUGAGGGGGACGGGUUGUCGUUCGAGUUCGCCGACGCUGGGCUUCGGUCGGACCGUGGGCUGGCGCUGGCCGCUGCGCGCGUGGCAGGGGACUCCCUAGCGUUUGCGGCAUCCUCGCUGCGCGGCGAUUUCGACUUCGUGCUCGGUGCUGCGGCCUUAAGCCCGGAGCCUCUUGCCACGCUGCGACACGCGGCCCGGGAGCUCUGGGCAGCCCGAGACUUCGCCCUCGCGGCUGUAGCGUGCUGCGGUCUCUCGCUGCGACUGGCGUCACCGCCCCUGCGCGGCGACCGCGAGGUGGUGGCCGCAGCCGCGCUGAACGACUGGAGAGCGCUGGUGGACGCGGCACCAGAGUGCCGGGAAGAUGCUGGCUGUGUGCUCGCAGCGGUGAGAUGCGCUGCCGCUGCCGCUCCGAAUGAGAUCGCGGACGCGUUGGCGCUGGCGUCGGACACUCUCGAGGCCGACCGCGAGUUUUGUUUCGGUCUGGCUGCGCACAGCGGGGUGAUGGCACUGCGCUUCGCGAGCAGAACUCUGCGGGGCGACCGCGACCUGGUGUUGAAGGCCUGCGCGCAGGACGGACAGGCGCUCGCCUUCGCAGCUCCAGCCCUCCGUGCAGACUGCGAAUGCGUGCUGACCGCAGUGCAGCAGAGCGGGUUGGCUCUUAACUUUGCCAGCGAGGAGUUGCUGGCCAAUCCUGGCAUCGCGCUUGCCGCGGUGAGGCGGAAUGGCGCCGCCCUGGCCCUUGUCGCCCCACGCCUGCAGGCGGAUCGCGAGGUGGUUCUAGCAGCGGUGCAGCAGAGUGGCGUGGCGCUCGCGCACGCUGCUGCGGCGCUGAGGGCGGACGUCGAGAUUGCCCAGAGCGCUGUCAUGGAGAGCCAGGAUGCCUUCCAGUUCGUCGACGGAGCUGCGCUACACGACCCCGUGGUCCUCCGGCACGCCCGCCCUGGAGACGCUCGCUUGUACGCCUCUGAGUCGAGUCUACAGGCCGCCGCAGGAGAACGAGCUGGGCCAACCAGGCAGUAUGGAGCCGCCCGGAGGCUGUCACCGACGCCACCUUCGAGGACGGCUGGGACGUCAGCGUGGCGUGCAGCUGCGUGACGAUUUGGUCCGAGGUCCGAGGUCAUCUUCGAGGGUGGGCCCGUUGACGCGGCCAUGAAGAGGAGCGUGAAGAUGAAGCUCGCGGCGGUGGCCAUUAGGAUGCGCAUGCCGACAAGGCUCCUGUAGGCUUCUGUGUUGAUGGGCGGCUCGGUGGAAGUGUUGCCGAACGUAAUGCCAAGUUCGAGAAUGGGAUGGAUUGCAAAACUGAUUUGCCCAAAACUUGAUGUGUCCGUUUGGUCUACGAAAAAUUAGAAUGUUCGUCUACCUAUAAACAUUAUACGAGAGUGUCGCUGUUCUGCGAACAGAACCACAGUUCUGGGGUGCAUAAAUUCUGUAGUCGGUCCCCUACUCGAGAAGUGCCCGCUGCCGUACCCCUUCGGCGAGGGCUUCGAGCUCGGCGAGGGGGCCUCGUGCUCCCCGCCCUGCCCCGUGCGGCGGGCGGGCGGCGGUCCGCGCGGAGGCUCGCCUAGGGUGCGCGCGCGCUGUUCUAGGGGAGCGUAGACUCGAGCUCGCCCGUGUUCGGGUCUUCCGGUGCUUUCCGACGAGCCCGUCCUGCCGUCCUGAGUUUUGACGGUCCAGUGUUCGUGGGAUGCUUGCAGCGGGAGUUUGCGUCACAGGCGAACCCGAGUCCCCCGAGCCCGCGUCUUACGUCUCCCCGAUGGAACACUCGAAUGUUGGGUCUGGCACGGCCCCUCGGGCAUGGCCAACAGUGUCCAACGGUGUCCUGCAUCUGGAUUCCAGUUCGCGCCCCCUCGGCGCGGCGGCGGCGCGUGGCCCAGAGCUCCAAGGUUUGGGCCUGCGGCCGCGCGCCGGCGGCCACCGCGCGGUCAAGCCCAGGCACGCACCAGCCCAAUGUCUCGCCGGGCAGUCGGCGUUGUGGAGCCCCCAGGACAUAACCGACCCCAGGUCGCCUGACGAGCCCGUGGGGGACCGCCAAAGGCUCCCAUGGGCAGGAGUCGAUGAUGCUCCUCAGCCCACCAGUACCGUGCUCCUACUUCCUUCCUUGUUUUGUUGUUUGAAGUAGCUUGCCAAACUGCUCGCGAGAUCGCAGCUCGACCACCAGGAGCUGGAAUUAUGCGCCACAUGACCACGGUCCAUCCUUCAGGCUCGCAUCAGCCGCCCGAAUAUCUAGCAAAAGUGUAAGAUCGGAGGGCACUGGUUGGGGAACAGUCUCCUCG